AUGAUAGCCGGCGGGUCAGGGGAGACCCUGAACCGCAUGAAAACCACCGAGAGCGUCUUCCUCCCCAUCUCACGCGAGACCUUCGAGAAGCUCUAUCUCAGCCCGAAACCACCUUCUGUAGAAGGCAGUCUGCGCAAGAAACUGGGGAAUCCUACGCCGAUAUGCCUCAUGGGGUUUCUUCUCGCUGCGACGCCGAAUUCGUGUAUUUUGAUGGGCUGGAGGGGGGCUGGGGGGAAUGGCGGUGCCAUAUUACCGGUGUAUAUCUUCUUUGGCGGCGUUGUGCAGCUCAUUGGCGGGAUUGGCGAGUGGGUUAUUGGGAAUACAUUCUCCUGUGCAUUGUUCUUUACAUACGGAACAUUCUGGCUCGUCCAGGGAACAACCCAAAUGCCCUUCUUCGCAACAGGAACAAACUACUCUCCCACCGGAAACUCUCUAGAGGGCCAGCAAACUGCGUCGUACGCAGCGACAACCGCAUUCUACUACGUCUGCCUCGCCCUCCUCACCUUCUUCUAUCUGAUCUGCUCCAUCCGAACCAAUCUAUGCCUAUUCUCCGCCCUCUUCCUCCUGGUUAUUACAUUCGGUCUUACGGCAGGCUCGUUCUUCCAGCUCGCCAACGGGGCGGAGGAGCUUGCAGCGAAGUUACAGGUGGCAGCCGGCGCGUUCAAUUUCGCCCUGUGCAUGCCCAUCUGGCAUAUCUUCCUCACGCAGAUUCUGGAAGCCGUGGACUUUCCGGUGCGUGUUCCGGUGGGUGAUUUGAGCUCUGUUGUUCCGGGGCGCAGUCAGAAAAUUAGGGCUAAGGCGAAGGCUGCGAAUGGUGAAGUUUCCUAA